AUGGCCGGCCGCGGGUGCGCCUGGGGUCCGGGCCACCUGAAUGAGGACAACGCGCGUUUCCUGCUGCUCGCGGGGCUCAUCUUGCUCUACCUGGUGGGCGGCGCCGCAGUCUUCUCGGCUCUAGAGCUGGCGCACGAGCUGCAGGCCAAGCAGCGCUGGGAAGAGCGCCUGGCCAACUUCAACCCCAGCCACAACCUGAGCCACGAAGAGCUGAGCGGCUUCCUCCGUCAUUACGAGGAAGCCACCAGGGCGGGCAUCCGCAUGGACAGCGUGCGCCCUCGCUGGGACUUCACCGGUGCCUUCUACUUCGUGGGCACUGUGGUGUCCACCAUAGGGUUUGGGAUGACAACCCCAGCCACAAUAGGAGGGAAGAUCUUUCUGAUCUUCUACGGUCUCAUUGGAUGUGCAAGCACCAUCCUCUUCUUCAACCUCUUCCUGGAGCGGCUGAUCACGGUCAUCGCCUAUGUGAUGAGAUCCUGUCACCAGCAGCAGCUGAGGAGACGUGGGGCAGUGGCCCAGGACAUCAUGAAGGCCCCUGAAAAGGGUGAGGUGGAUAGCCUGGCCGGCUGGAAGCCCUCUGUAUACUACGUCAUGCUGAUCCUAUGCUUGGCAUCAGUGGCCAUCUCUUGUGGAGCCUCGGCUCUGUAUGCCACCAUGGAAGGCUGGAGCUACUUUGACUCACUCUACUUUUGUUUCGUGGCUUUCAGUACCAUUGGCUUUGGGGACCUGGUCAGCAGCCAGAAUGCUCAGUAUGAGAGCCAAGGACUCUACCGCUUUGCCAACUUCUUCCUCAUCCUCAUGGGUGUCUGCUGUAUCUACUCCUUGUUUAACGUCAUCUCCAUCCUCAUCAAACAGACUGUGAACUGGAUCCUGAGGAAACUGGAUAGCGGGUGCUUCCCACAAUGCCAAAGAGGACUCCUGCGGUCCAGGAGAAAUGUGGUGAUGCCCGGCAACAUCAGGAACAGGUGCAACAUCUCCAUAGAGACGGAUGGGGUGAUGGAAAGUGACACUGAUGGGCGACGUCUCUCAGGGGAGAUGAUCUCCAUGAAGGACACCAACAAGGUCUCACUGGCCAUCCUGCAGAAGCAGUUGUCCGAGAUGGCCAAUGGUGGGCCCCACCAGCCCAAUACGUCCUCCAAGGAUGAUGAGUUCUCAGGGGGGGUGGGGGCCUUUGCGGUAAUGAAUAACAGGUUGGCAGAGACCAGUGGAGACAGGUAG